AUGUUUUAUCAUGGGAAGUAUAGCGUAACGGUUAUCCGUUGCUUUCUUCACGCCAACUCUCUCUCUCUCUCUCUCUCUCUCUCUCUCUCUCUCUCUCUCUCUCUCUACCUCUACCUACCUACCUACCUAUCUAUCUAUCUCGUAGAAUCGAAAACGAAUCCGGAUAAAAAAAAAAAAUUCCCUCCCUUUUUUCUUUCUUUCUCUUUCUCUAUUUCUUUUUCUGUUUCUCUAUUUCUCUCUUUCUUUUUCUGUUUCUCUCUUUCUCUCUUUUUUCUCUCUUUCUCUCUUUCUUUUUCUGUUUCUCUCUUUCUCUCUUUUUUCUCUCUUUCUCUCUUUCUUUUUCUGUUUCUCUCUUUCUCUCUUUUUUCUCUCUUUCUCUCUUUCUUUUUCUGUUUCUCUCUUUCUCUUUUUCCUUUUCUGUUUCUCUCUUUCUCUCUUUCUUUUUCUGUUUCUUUCUUACUCUUUUUCUCUUUCUGUUUCUCUCUUUCUUUUUCUGUUUCUCUUUUUCUUUUUCUUUCUUUCUCUCUUUCUUUUUCUGUUUCUCUAUUUCUCUUUUUCUUUUUCUGUUUCUCUUUUUCUUUUUCUCUCUUUCUCUUUUUCUUUUUCUGUUUCUCUCUUUCUUUUUCUCUUUCUCUCUUUCUCACUUUCUUUUUCUUUUUCUCUCUUUCUCUUUUUUUUCUGUUUCUCUGUUUCUCUGUUUCUUUUUCUGUUUCUCUGUUACUCUCUUUCUUUUUCUUUCUUUCUCUCUUUCUUUUUCUGUUUCUCUAUUUUUCUUUUUCUUUUUCUGUUUCUCCUUUUCUUUUUCUCUCUUUCUCUUUUUCUUUUUCUCUCUUUCUCUUUUUCUUUUUCUGUUUCUCUCUUUCUCACUUUCUUUUUCUUUUUCUCUCUUUCUCUUUUUUUUCUGUUUAUCUGUUUCUCUCUUUCUUUUUCUGUUUCUCUGUUUCUCUCUUUCUUUUUCUUUUUCUCUCUUUCUCUCUCUCUUUUUCUUUUACUCUCUUUCUCUCUUUCUUUUGCUGUUUCUCUCUUUUUCUGUUUCUGUUUCUGUUUCUCUUUUUCUUUUACUUUUCUCUUUUUCUUUUUCUGUCUUUUUUUUAUCUCUCUCUCAUUCUCACUUUCUUUUUCUACUCUCUCUCUCUUUCUAGCUCUCUUUCUCUCUCUCUACCUCUUUCUCUCCUCUCCUCACACUUUAAUUUUGUUUCUUCUUCCUUCACUGCUCUCUCUCUCUCUCUCUCUCUCUCUCUCUCUCUCUCUCUUCUAUUUGGUGGGAUUGGGAAUUUACCAAUUUUUAGGUCAGUGCGAUAA